CCCACUUGGGACAAGCGCUUCAGACAGUGUGUGUGUGUGUGCGCGCACACACCUCAGCUCAUUGCUUCCUAUGAAACUCCUGAUGUACAGUACAGUUACUCUGCAGUUUGCUUCCACUCUUGUGUGUGAACUUUCUUCAAGCUCUUUUCACUGGGUGUCAAGUUUGGAGAGAUUUCACACCCUUCCGGCUGCAACGCUUCCCGCCCGCGUUUCGCCUUAGGCUUAGGAGCUCAGCUCGACUCGCCACAGAUCAGCGCAGACCAGCACGGCUCGGCACGGCUCGGCUCGGCUCGGCUCGGCGCACACAGUCAGUUCAUCUGACGCGCGCACAGAGCGCAGGGACGCACGGCGACGGUCGGAGCGGAUCGCAGCUCAGCGGAGGGACCCGCGCCGAAUCUCGGGGGGUUCGAGUCCCGCCGCCACCGCGAGGACACUUGGACAGGGACUCGGAGACGCUCCGAAAUAAUCAUCAUCAUCAUCAUCAUCAUGCCGUUUUGCAAGAGGCUCGUGGCCCCCAAGGACGUGUGUCGGACGCAGCGCGACGAUCUGCGCGACGUGUGCGACUUCGCCCUGCUCUCCGUCCUCCGGCAGCUGUCCGACCUGUGCAGGCACGCGGCGAGCAUCGUGGACGAGCUGGACGGAGAGCUCGUGUCCGUGUGCGAGCGCUCGCGGACGCUGCAGCGCAAAGUGGGGGGUCUGCAGAAGCGCGUCUCCGCCGCGGUCCGAGAGCCGCCGCCGCCGAAGACCGCCACCAACUUGGACUCGGAGCGCGAGAGAUCAGCCCACUUCCGAUCGUCAUGGCAACAGCAUGCGAACGUGUUCGGCUCGUGGAGCAGGCCGGAGUGCGUGCGGGAGCUGCAUGAGGAGGCGCGGCUCAACCUCCACCGCCUGCUGCAAGAAUUCGAGGAGCAGCUGUACGGGGACAAGGUGACAGGACAGACAUUCCGACCAACUGGACAGCCAUCCUCUCCGAGCUCAGAGGACACAGGCCAAAGCAGCAGCCGGAGACCCGACUUCGUCUUCCUGGCGCGUGACGGCGGCACCGUACCCGUAGGGUUCCCGGCGUCCGACACGGGUGGCGGCAGUCCAGCCCGACCACACCUGCUGUCGCGCUCCUCGAGGGGACCCCCUGUGGCCGAGAAGCCCCGUUGGUACCUGAGAUGCCGCGCUCCCGCCCGCCUGCUGCCCGCUGAUGUGACAGGGGAUCUCAGUGUUCCUGAAGAGACACUGGGUUUUGACCUCAUUCAAGGUGUCCACUCUGCUGAGCCUCUGGGUGCAAGGCUUUCAAUGCCAUCCUCAGAAACGUGCAGCCACCACGUACCACUGAGGAAGAGCUGCAGCAACUUGGACGAAGGAACGAUGGAACAUGCUGGCCUGAUGUGUGCUAAUCCCUCCUGGAAUGGGCCCAAGGGCUCAACAUUCUCUCCCUCUUCCUGGAACGACUCUUUCAGCUCCUUUGGGCUAGUUCCCGGUCCUGUGGCCAGCGUUGCCUCGCCGGAGCACGCGACCGGCACGUUCGAUAGCCCCUUCAAGGGCAGCUCAGGUCACUCUGUGAGCUCAGGGUCGCAUUCCAGUUCCUUUGCCUCCAUACCGACAGAGUCAUCAGCCAAGACUCUGAGUUCUCCCCCACCAGAGGCUGAGUCCACGCGGGGCGUGACCGAUGGGCCUGCCAAAAGUGCCGUUGAAAAGGGGGAAAGGAGGUCCAGCAGAGCGGGAGCUUUCCAGUUCCGUGAGCGCUCCCUCUCCACACCCACAGACUCUGACUCGUUCUGUUCAGCAGACAACCCGAGCGCGACCGAAACACAGCCGGAGAGUGAGAGCUAUGCCCCGCGGUACCCCAGCGGGAGUUCAGAGGAAGGCACAAGCGUCGAUAGUGUAUCUGUUGCAGCCUUGGACUUCAUGCCUGAUGGGCGACCCCGGUCAAGGUCUCGCAGCAUCUCUCUGAAGAAGCCAAAGAAGAAGCCGCUGCCUCCUGUGCGCAGCGUGUCCCUAAAAAACAGUCUGAGCACCAAGGUGACCUUUGGGGACGGAAGGCCCAGGAGUCUCAUCAUUACCAGCGAGCACCUGCAGGACUUUCAGCCAGACUUCAUCAUGGAUUCCAAGCAGCUGCAGAACAUGAAAGACUUUUCCCUGUCUAACAGAAGGCGAGCUUCUGACACUCAGGCAUUCAACAAGGAGGUAUCGUCAUCCAUCAGUGAGUGUAAAUUGCCUGACCCUGUCACAUCCACAGCAAGUUUGGGUACAGCCAAGUGUGCUGCAAGGUCCGAGAAUCACAACGCAUAUGGCCAGCUGGAAUGUCCCAUCUCCUUUUCCGCAUCCCAGGCUACCUCGCAUUCCAAGGUGUCAGCUCAGGCUGAAUCCAAAAUAUCCCCUAUCAAGCCAGCCGGGCUGAUGUCCCCAUCCAGUGGUUACUCCAGUCAGUCCGAAACACCGACUCCAACCAUCCCCACGUCUGUGAUUAUGGGACCGUCACCUUUAGGCUGUAAGAUGCGGCCAAAGAUCCCAGAGAGAAAGUCCUCCUUACCUGCCACAUCUCAAGGCGACAGAGCCACUAGGUCUCGAUUGUCAAUUGAGUUACCUGUGACAUCACACCUGGACUUCUCCUCCAUUAAGCUGAAACCCAAAGCCAGUCGGCGGCACUCUGACUCUUCUACCGCCAACAAGCCUGGACAGAAGCUGAGCCCAAGCCAGUCCAUGAUGCCCUUGGUGACACAGACUGACUUACGGAAUGUGCGCUUGCGCUCCGUCUGCCGCUCUGAGCCUGAGGACAAUACAAAUGCUUCCUCUGACAUUAUUGCGGAGGAGAAACAUCCGGUUGCUGCCCCCACCCUUACCCCAAAACCAAAAACCAAGCCACCAGUGGCAGUGAAGCCACCUUUACCUAAACGUCCCCCCAACCUGAGUUUGAAGUCUCAUUCCGUCCCGCUCUCCUCUGAGUGUCAACCAGCCACAUCCAGGGAUCUCCCCAAGCCAGUGGAGAACAUCUAUAGAGUGGUGAAGAAACCCAGGGCAAAGAAGCAGCCCCAGUCUCCACUGAGACCUGAAUCAGUUGAGGAAGCCUGUCAGCAUCUGCAACAGCAAGACUCAGAUAACCAGCAAGUCCCAGACCAUUGUGCCCAGUCUGUGUCCAGUGGGCCAGAAGCACAGAGCUACAACAGAACACUGCCCAGCAGGGUCACCAUCUCCUCCUUGGCAGAAUUAGACAGGAAGUGGAAAGUGCCUCCACCUGUCCCAAAAAAACCCAACAUAAUCUUCUUGCCUGUCAGUGCUUUUCCUAGUACUGUGUCUGCAGGUCGACUGGUGAACCCCCCAGGGGCUAACACUGUCCCCACAUGUCCGGCUGUGUCUGGUAAAGAUGAGAACCGCAUGACAGAUGGAGUCAGUCCACCAGACCCUGAACAGCAUCUUCACAGAGGAGAACCUGUUUCCCAAGCUUCGUUGGCGACAGCAAAUCUGCUGGAUGACAGUGGUGACAGAAGUUCAGAAGAUGUGGACCAUGAGAGGAGCACAGUGAGCACCACGGAGGAGGAGGACUACGAUGAUGUCUUUGUGCAGAGCGCAGCAUCCCACACCACAGAGGACCUGUUCACCAUUAUUCACAGGUCGAAGCGGAAGGUGUUGGGUCGCAAGGAGCCAGCGGACCAUUUCGGCAGCAGGCAGAGUCUGACAUCUCCAGUAAAGAGCAGCGGGGAUACACGAGUCGUCUCGCUCGCUUCCACACCCAGGUCCAGCUCCCGCAAUGACACCUUCAUGGCCUUGCUGCAGCGAAAAAACAGCAAAGCCAACGGGGCGGGCCGGGUCUCCGCCAUGGAGCUCCUGAAGAGCACCAACCCUCUGGCCCGCCGGGUCACCGAGUUUGCUCUGACGGAGCCGGAGACAGCGGGCCGGUCCGGACCGCCACAUGACCACUGAUGCAUUGAGCGCCUGUUGGAAGGCCGUGCUCUAUUUCACGGUGUGCGUAAAAAGAUGGACGUCUCUGAGAGGUGGAGAAGAUGCUUUUGGAAAAGUGACAACUGAUUUUCUGCUUUUGAAUGGUAUUUUUGGCUGUCUUUUCUAAUUACUCUCCGAAUCAACGUGAUUCUGUCAUCGGCUUGUACAGCAUGUGAUGAGGUGAAGGGACUCUCCUGCUGAGAAGCACCGUGGCUGCGGAAGGCACUGUCGAGAGGACUGAUGAGGAAAUGCGGAUGUCCUGACGCAUUCGUCCUGGACAGACGACAUUAAGUAUGCUGGAAAAACGGUGCAUCCAUUGAGUGAAGGAAAAGGGUUCAUCAUUUAAACAUUGUUUCGCCUUUUCCCUUUCAUAUAAAGGAUUUUGCUAAUUGUACAGUGUUAAAAACUCCAUAAAAUAUUCUGAAGUAUUUACAGGAUUCAAGAGUAAUCAGAACAUUCCACAAGAAUUUUAAAGUAGGAUUUAGUGACUGUUUUACUACAAAGCACUAUGAUUCCAGUAAGUAGUGGUAUUGUUAGCUUUUCCAGAUGACAAUAUAUAUUGAGCCUACUCUGUGAAUAUGUGUACAUAAAUGUAUGAUUGUAUGUGUCAGACAAAGAGAUGCUUUUCUAUACACCGGUGUAAAGGGAAUCUGUGAUGGUGACUCUGAAUCGGAAUUGAAGAGCUUCAUGCAGGACUAUGCAAAGGUAACUUCAACAAAUAAAGUGGGACUUUACUUUACUUUACACUGCCGAGAUACUUUUGCGCAUGUAUCCUAAAAACACGUACCGAACCAAAACCACAAACGGGUCAAGGGUCAAAGGGUCUGGUUGAAUUACGACGCAAGAGCGGACAACCAGGCAGGAAGUGGGAGCCCGUUGAUCCGGCGGAGUGUUUGUGCGGCAUUGUUUCACACUCACUCGUGACUUCGUUUUAGACGGGCCUGACUCUACUUCACUGGUUCUCGUCAUCUUACAGCGGUUGGUGCCAUGCUCUACGGAGCUCUCAAAUGGGCGGCAUCUCUGUCUACGCUGCGAGGUCUGGCAAUAGCGGUGAAGCUCAUUGCUGAAGCUGACACUCAACUGGUCAUCUGGCGCGUGUUUGGCUGCAAAAACACUCCGGUGUUCGUCAUCCUUGUGCACAACUAGUUUGGCUGGUGUGUGAUGGAGAAAAGAUUAAGUGAAGCUUGGGUGGGCAACAGCAAGGAAAGUCCUGAAUGGAGGGGAUGAGCUGGGAUGCUGAGUUCAGACGCUGAACUGGGAUGUUGAACUGGCUUCCUGGGAACAUGGAUGAGAUGUCCGCUGGGUGCUUUUCAUCCAUCUCCUGAAGCAGCUCCGGGUCUGAAGCCCUGGUGCUCGACAAGACACCGAUCUUCAUCACAAUCAUUUUUUAGAACCUUUGAUAUUAUUUCAUGACAUCUUGCUACAGUUUACUUGUGUUUACCCUUCGACAAGAAAUAAAAGAGAUGACAUCAUGAAUAAAGAAGGAUGUGAUGAUCCAGCAACCUGAGAUCUUUUAGGCAGCAAAGAGAAAAUUGGAUUUACGGUAAAAAAGACUUUGGUGCUAAAACACAUGCAGUAAAGUAAUAUUACAUGACAAUGUGAGUGGGGUCUUGGUAAGUAGGGAGGGGUCUUGCAGUGUCAGUACCUUAUCUGUGAGUGAACAACUCACCUGCUGGGGAUAUAAACCAGCGUUUCGUUUUUCCACUCCUGGAGAUGUUGUACGGAGGUUGCAGGCUUGAGCGUCGUCUCUGCUUCUCUCUGCCCCUCUUUAGCCUUCGUUCCCUUUCGGCGAAGGUUAUCAGCUUGUACAGAGUUGUGGUCACGCGUAUCUGACACGGAAAGCAUGCAGUACCUGUACACAAACAAUACUGGGAAUGAUUUAUUACAUCAUUAUCUAACAGGUUAAAAAAUAAGUCAUUUGUGCCUCUUUAGUUUGUUGCUUCUGUUAUAUUUGCAUAAACUCAAAAUUCUUGAAAGUGUAAUUCCGUAAAUUAUAUAACAUAUAAGGAGAAGAAUGAGGUUUACCAGCAUUAUGGUGAAUGUGGUAAAUGGCACAGCGGAAUGGUGUGUGUGUGUGUGUGUGUGUAAAAUGUACCGGGCAGUGGGACUGUUACCCAGAGAGCGGACGUCCUCUUCCACCGGGACCCUUGUUCACCUUCUCUGAAGGAUUUAGAAAAAAAAGCUUUUUUUUCCACUCGUGGGUCUAGAUGUCAGCCUGGACGGUUUUGAGGAAUUAUGUUUUUUAUUAUAUGUCACGGGAAAAACAUUUUAAAAGCUCAGAGUAAAAGCCACAGUAUCAUCAUUAUAAAAUGUUGUGGUGAGUUUGUAUGAA